AUGGCUAAUAUAUUAAAUCCCCAACGUUUAGUUCAAUUAAGUAGAUUUAGUCCGAAACUUAGCAAUACUUGGUACUUAAUUGCAGCGGUUACAUUCAGUGUUUGCAAUGCACCACAGGAAAUACCUAUUCUAUAUCACUAUGUAAUGUUACUUCAAAAUAAGCAACAUGGAAUGCAAGCAAUGAACCAAUUUGCACAGAGAGCAGUGCAAUUAUGUUUAGACAACAAGUUGAAUCGAAAGGAGGAAAUCGAUGAAAUGUACAGAAAUCCUAGUAACUUCGAUAAAAGGUUAGCGGAACGAUUUAGAGAAACUUUACUCAAAACAGGACCACUUGCUGGUUUACCGAAGGCGAUUAAUUCACUACAUCAUCUAUCGAAUUCAACACCAGCAUCUUUACGCCCACAUGUUGAAAAUCUUGAUCCAAAGGACCAAUGUACCUCCAAAAGAGAAACAUAUAAGAAUACAGUUUUAAGAGUAAAAGAUGAAGAUGAAAAUAUGGAUCGCCUAAGAGAACGUGGAUUGGCUCACUGGAAUGAAAUAUAUGAUAAAGUGUCUCCAAGAGUCAUGAAUGACUUAAAUUCAUGUUAUCCAGAUCUGUGGUAUUACACUUUUAACAACGUCUAUAGCCCUUUAUUUUCAUUUGAUGAAAUACUAACGAAAACUGAAACAAGUUUAAUAAUAAUUGCAUCUUUAGUUCCUCAAGACGUAAACCCUCAAUUAAAAGGACAUUUGAGAGGUGCACUAAAUGUUGGUUGUGACAAAGAAACAGUGGAAGCAGCAAGAUCAUUAUCUAUAAUGAUCGCACAGUUCUGUGGUGUGAAAUGGAAAUCUGAGAUAGUUAAACUGUGA